GUGCAGAUUGGUUUGUUUUUUCUGUUAACUUGUUUUUUUAUGUAUUCAGUAACAUGUAUAUCCAGCUGAGGCACUUGUCCAAAAUGUUGACAGGCUAUGAAAGGUUAAGGCAGAAAAAAAUGGACCAAAACUUAGUACAAUUGAAGGCUGCUGGAAUCAAGAAUGUGCCAAAGUUAUUGUUGGGCUUCAAUCAAAGUGCCAACGGUAAAGUUAAUGAUAAGAAAGAAGUUGACAUUGGACGUGCAGUUGAGGGUGAUGAAGACUUUGUACUAUUUCAUGGUGAAGAAAGGCUGAGUUCUAAUAGUGACAAUGAUGAUCCUUCGAGGUCUAAAACAAAUGAGGUGAAUGGUACAGGUCCAAGAAAGAAGAAGGCUUGUUCUAGUGCACAACCUCUGAGAAAAUCUAAAAGAACUCAAGAACAGGGUGGCAGCACCCAGGGAGCAACCUAAGCUCAACAGCUUCCCACAUCACCUACUGAAAAAACUGACAUGUUUUGCAGCCCACAUACGGUUGUCGGCUGUGCGGGUGAGAAACAAUAUUAUGAGUUUAUUUCUUGUUUGUUUACUUUUUUUAUGUAAUAUUUUAGAAGUACAUUCAUAUCCAAUGCUAAUCUCUACAGAAACUCCUGCAAUCCCUUCAAGAACGUCACAAAAUCUCAAACACAGAAGAGGCCCGACCAAGCUGAAAACCAUUGCUAUAGAUGGAAGUAGUCGGAUUGAAGUUAAGUUUGAUAAGAAUGGUGAACCAAUAAUAAGGGAUCAGUCAAGUUGUCUUCUUUCUUGGGACCUCUAGUUCGAGAGAUUGUACCAUAUACACUUUCGGAGUGGCGAAAGCUUCCGUCGGGAAUGGCAGAAAUCCUAUGGCAAUCCAUUAAGGUGAUAUUCAAUCUUCAUGAAGAAUGGCAUAGACAAAUGGUUUUUCAGAGAAUGAAUGAAGAUUGUAGAGCCUCAAAGUCGCUAUUAGUAAAAAAAAUAAGAAACGCUUCAAAUGAGGAAGAAAGGCUAAAGCUACAGCCUGAAAACGUCAAAUCGCUGCAUGAUUGGAAGGAUUUUGUGAAGGAAAAGACUAGUAAAGAAUUCAAGGUAUGUGCACCUCGUUCAUCCCAC